CAACGUUGUUUUUUUUCAUUCAUCAUAUUUGAGAGAGUUUUGAACGUAGAGUUGAGCGCCAAAGUUUGAACAACAACAACAACAAUAGACUUUCGAAAAAAGCGCCAACGUUUUGAACCUUUAAUAACGAUCGUUGCGUUUGUAACUGAACUGAAAAUAUUACUUUUGAGAAGGGUUAAUUUAUUUUCUAUAUAUAUAUUUAUUGGGUGUGCGAUUGAGUAAUAAUAUGAGAAAGCAACAACCAAUUUUGAUAUCAGCUUUAUUGCUGGUUGUCUUGUUGAUUGUGUCCUUUAUGACACAUUCAUCUCUCCAACAAUCAACUGGUUCUGAAAAUCCAAUGUAUUUUGAUGGUGCCAUUACUAAUGAUGGAGAACCAGGAUUUGAAGAAUGUCCAGGAGUGGUUUGUCUUUGUGGAAAAGUUCAAGUCGUUAACGGAAAAUGUGUUUGUCCAGAUUGUCCAAAUAAUUGUCCAACAGGAUCAAAGGAUUGUACUGCAGAAUGUGCCAACAAAGGGCUUUUAUUAGAAUCUAUUUCAAAGGACUCUGUUGGAUGUGAUCAAUGUAUCUGUAAAUGUAAAACUGAAACUGAAGCUUGUCCAUUGAUUGGUACCUGUGAUAGCAGACAAUACGAUAUUACUUAUGGAACUGUUGGAGGAAUUUCUGGUUGCAUUACUAAUUGUACAUGUAAACCACCAAUUGUUAUUCCACCACCUUGUGUUAAUGCCACAAGUUGUGAUCAAUGUAACUCAGUUUUGGGAUAUGAUAUUGUUUUGAAUCAAACAACUGGAUGUAAUCAAUGUUCUUGUAAGACUUGUCCAACCCUUAAUUGUGCUGCUUCCUGUUUGUAUGGAUUCACUCUUUCUGAUUCAGGACGUGGUGACGGUUGUCAAGUUUGUAAUUGUUCUUGUCCACCAACUCCAAAAUGUGAAUCUGUCUGCCCAUAUGGUUAUAUUAUUGGUAAGGAUGCCAAUGGUUGUGAUGCUUGUUCAUGUAAUCCUCCACCAGCUUGUACACCUGAUGAUGCUUCCAAAUGUAAUACUGUCACUUGUCCAUACGGUGGUUCUUUGAAGAAUGAUCAAUAUGGUUGUCCAAAGUGUGUCUGUUAUACUUGUCCUGAAGCUCCAAUUUCUUACUGUCAAGCUAACUGUCCAUACGGUUAUGUCAAUACUACACAAACAUCAAGUGAUGGUGCUCGUUGUCCAACCUGUGAAUGUUUGAGAUGUCCAGUUGUUAAUAUUGAAAAGUGUAAUAGCAGCUGUGUUUAUGGUGGUUCUUAUGCUUUCGAUCCUAGCUCUGAAUGUAACUUGUGCAAGUGUAACAAGUGCCCACCAAGUCCUCCAGAUUGUCAACAAGUUUGUGGUAAUAAGCUUAGUCACACCUAUGAUUCUGACUCCAAUGGAUGCCCAGUUUGUAAGUGUACUCAAUGCCCUGCUGUUGAUUGUGAUGCUGUUCAAUGUCCAUAUGGAUAUCAAUACAAGUACAAUACUGAUACUGGUUGCCGUCAAUGUGUCUGUAAUCAACCACCAGUUUGUCCAACUACCCCACCAGAUUGUACCUCUCUUAAUUGUCCAAAUGGUUACUAUUACACUACUGACUCUAAGGGAUGUCAAUCAUGUAAAUGUAAUGACACUGCUUGCCCACAACCAGAACCAGACUGUAUUGCUCAAUGUACUUUUGGUGUUGCUGAAGUUUCCUAUGACAGCAACAAGUGUAAACAAUGCAAAUGUCUUGAAUUCAAAUGUCCACCAACUAGCUGUGCUGAUGUUUGUGGUUCUAUUGGUAUUAAGGAAACUACUGUUGAUGAAAAGGGCUGUACCAAGUGUACCUGUAAUACUCCUCCAGUUUGUACUGAAGAUGUCAAUUGUAGAGAUACCUGUGGUACUUUGAAGUAUGCUACUUAUCGUGACAAUUACAAUUGUACUAGAUGCAAAUGUUAUAAGCCAACUUGUCCAGAUACUCUCCCAAUUUGUGAAGCUCAAUGUGGAACUCUUCCUUAUGAAAUGAUUACCGAUGAUUCUGGAUGUGAUAUGUGCAGAUGUAUUGCUCCACCAACUUGCCCACAACCAGAACCAGAUUGUAUUGCUCAAUGUACUUUCGGUGUUGCUGAAGUGUCUUACAAUGCUAAUGGUUGUAAACAAUGCAAAUGUCUUGAAUUCAAGUGUCCACCAACCAAUUGUGGAGAUGUUUGUGGAAGUGCUGGUAUUAAGGAAACAACUGUUGAUGAAAGAGGAUGUACCAAGUGUACCUGUAAUACUCCUCCAGUUUGUGCUGAUGAUGUCAAUUGUAGAGAUACCUGUGGUACUUUGAAGUAUGUCACUUAUCGUGAUAACUACAACUGUACUAGAUGUAGAUGUAUCAAACCAACUUGUCCAGAUCUUUUACCAAACUGUUCUGCUAUCUGCGGUUCUGACAUGUUUGAAAUGGUUAAGGAUGCUAAUGGUUGUGAUCAAUGUAAAUGCAAGGGAGAACCAAUUAUUGUCUGUCCACCAAUUCCAGAUUGUAAUGACAGAUGUGGAGGUUCUCAAUACUUUGAAAAGGUUGCUGUUGAUAAUUAUGGUUGUAAAUACUGCCAAUGUAAGAAUUGUGUCCAAUGCAAGUGUUGUAAAUCAAAGAAGAUUACCAUUCCAAUUGUUAAACAUGUUCCAAAGAGAGUUUACAUUCCUUACACUGUUUGGUAUGAUCCAGCAUUCUUCGAUAAGGUCAAGAAUAACUUCCAAACUAAGGAAGAAGUCAAGAUUGCCAUUGAAAAGAGAUACAAUUAUAUUGUUGUUUUGAGAAAGAAGAUCACCAUUUACAGAAGAGCUUUGGUCAAUCUCAGAAUUAUCUUGAAGCAAUUGGUUAUCAAGAAGAAGAUUUCUGCUUCCAUGUUUAAGAAGGCUGACGAAAUGGCUAGAAAGAGAAAGAAACUCCUCGAAGAACAAGUUAAGGAACAAACCAUCUGUCUCACUUCUCUCGAUAAUCACAUCAAGGCCAUUGUCAAGCUCAUCAAACAACUUGGUUACAAUACUCAUGCUCCAGCUGUAUGUGCCUAUGUUGCUGGUACUAAGAGAUGUGGUUUGAGACCAUCAUUUAUCAAUGAAUUGGUCUCCUCUUAUUUGAAGGACAAUGUCUUCACCAAGAUUAUCUAUACCAAGAUCCCAACCUCUGUUUCUGAUAUUGAUAAGGAUCUUGCUGGCCAAACCAUUCGUUACACUAGAACUUCUGCCACAUGGAAGGUUCAAGUUAUCAAACUCAAUAAGAGAGUUAAGAAUGCUGUUUGGAAGAUUGUUCUCAAACAAGUUUUGAAGAAUGGCAAGAAGGUCAAGAGAACCAUCAAGAAGAUCUUGAAGAUUGCCAAGAAGAAUAAGGAAACUGCCAUCAGGGGUAAGAAGGCCAAGAAGAUCUUCAUCAGAAAGGUUCUCAUGCGUAGAUUUAGAUCUAGAGUUGUUAGAGCUGCCCGUAAGGCACUUGCUACAUCUGAGAUUAAACAAUUGAACGAGCAAUUCAAACCAACCUCAACUGAACGUGUCAUUGCCACUAGAGUGACACAAGAAAUCAUGUACUUACCAAAGGACAUUUUGAGUCAAUCUGAUGAAAUUCUUAAAGCUUUGCUCAGCCAAAAAUAUGCCUACACUCCGUUAGAAGAUAAGAAGCAAUACGAGUAAAGCAAUCAACACUAAUUUUCAAAAUAAAUCAAAAUAUAUCAAUUAAAAUUAUUAAAAAAA